CAAGACAAUUGCUCAUCAGAGGGUUAACGGGAGCCUCGAAAACUUUCUUCGCCGCAUUCUCUACAGAAAUCAUUUCAACAUUUACCAUUCCUACAUUACAACAGAUUGGAGUCAAGUACAAAUCCUUUGCUGUCGCAUGAUUUUAUACUUCCGGCGCGUGAACCAAUUAGAACUUAUGUAAAUUCAGAUUUUGAGUCGCAUGUAUAUUUUGCAUUUAUAAUUUGCGAGUAGAGACAUCAAACGACUGGGCGUUCGAAGAUAACAUAAACAUUAAAUUCCAAUGCAAGCGACGAGUAAUUGUUGUUUAACUAAGCUUAACGUUUACACCUGCUGGUCAGAUAUGAAGUGAGUUCACGGAUAGGUUAUACUACGUUAGUAAAUGAAUUAUAAUCUUCAAUGAACAACGUACUUAUGAGUCUGGAAUUAUGGCCGACGAUCUAGCACGAAAACCGAGUUUUUCCCAGCAAGAUAAGAUAGACAAGAUUCGAAAAGAACUUCAAGAGCUAAAAGCCAACAUCUCACAACAAAGUAAACGAAAUUUUGAACUUGAUCGUGAUGUACGAUUCUUUGACAAACGGAUUGCUUUACUUAUAAAUCACAGAAUAUCUGUUGAGGAACUCUCUGACAGAAUUGAUCAAGGUUGCAAGAGAGUUGGUGUCAUAAAAGAUGAACUGGAAAGACAGAUAUAUGGACAGUUAUUCUAUUUACUACAAACAGAACCAUACUAUGUCGCGCAGUUGACAAGAUCGGUGUCUCUAAAUGAGAUUGAUGAUCUUUUGGAAACUGUCAUGUUCUCUCUAUAUGGCCAUCAAUAUGAAGAACGGGAAGAACAUCUCCUUCUUUGUAUGUUUGAGCUCGCUCUGAAAUAUGAAUUUGAUGAGGCUGAGGGGUUUAACAGUGUUCUCAGAGCAAACACCGCCAUAUCAAGAAUGAUGUCAUCUUAUACCAGGCGCGGUCCUGGGCAGGAAUACUUAAAGGCUACGCUUGAAGCACCAAUACAAGAAAUUUGUAGCAACACAGACUUGGACUUAGAAAUUAAUCCAAUGAAGGUCUACGCUACUUUGUAUGAAUUGGAUAGCGAAGAUAUAGCAAUGGUGUCCGCUGAGGAGGUAUCAGAUGAUUCUAAAGUUCAGGAAGCUGUCAAAUCUCGUUUAAAAAAGUUGGAAAGUCUUGCAAAACGAUUUGUUGACAUCAUGGAGGCCUCCGUUGACAGAGUUCCUUUCGGCAUCAGAUGGAUUUGUUUCACUGUUAGAAAAUUAGCAAUGGAAAAAUUUCCUGAGAUUAUCAACGAAUCGGACGAUAGACGAAGUAUAUUUAACGAGAAAAUUUGUUCAUUGGUUGGUGGAUUUUUUCUCCUGCGAUUUAUUAAUCCAGCUAUCGUUUCUCCUCACGUAUAUAUGUUGAUGAGCAAACAACCUAAUUCGAUAACAAGAAGAAAUUUGCUUUUAAUCGCGAAAAUUAUCCAACACACUGCCAACGUGACUCCUGGAAAGACGAGAUUUAAGGAGGACUACAUGCAGCCUUUAAAUGUGUUCGUCGAAAAACACAAGACGCGUUUAUGUACGUUUCUGAAUGACCUGUGUUCUGUACCACCAUUCUACGGCUCGCUUGAGAUGGAACUAUAUAUUGGCCUUUCGAAGGACACUGAAAUAACAAUCACCUUGAAUCAAAUCUAUCAUUUUUAUCGACUGAUAAUGAAAUAUAAACAAGAACUAAAUCUUACAGAAGAUGAUCCAUUGAACACAAUACUGAGCGAUAUGGGGUCACCAAAAUCACAAUUACCAUAUCAUGAAGAUAUUUCACUCACAUUGACUUUGAAAAGUCGUUGGGAACAAGUUCCAGUUGUACGUUUGGAGUCGCUUAAUUCCACAUUGGCACGAAACAACGAGAAGGGCGUUCAACGAAGUCAGUGGAAACAGCUUCUGGCAGAACUCUUUUGCAUGAGACCGAAACUUCUUUCUGAACCAACUCUCACGUCAGCGCUGGCAGCUGCAGUGAACCUGUCAGACAGUGAGGCUGCUGUAUCUGCGUUGUCUGAAUUCCUACUGCAAAAAUAUGAGAAUGUCAAGCAAGCUGGUGCCGUGUUCUUGGAGGAGGAGGAUUUCUAUGCUGAUGUGAAAAUGGAAGUCAAUUCAAGACUUCAUCAAUUUGACAAUCUUCGCAAUCAAUUAGAAAGUUUGAAGCGAGUCUACGAGACAAUAUGUGAGCAUAGAAACUUUUUGCACAAGCAGCUUGAUGCGUAUAAAGAAUACUUAGAAGUUGUGAGGCAACGAGCUGCAAGCAAGGACGGUGGUCUUACCGUUCAUCGUCAUAAGUCACCAAGUACUGUUAAGCUAUCGUUUACACAACUUGAAAAGGAAGGAAUUAUAAUCGAGAGUCACGACGUGCCAGAAAAACGGAAAUCAAGUUUAUAUUUUACGAUAAAAAGUCCUUCCCGUGGAAUUUAUAAAGUGUCUUUGUUAUCAAAAGAUAUUCCGGGAGUCACAAUUGCCCAAGCUGAAUUACAACUCGAAGAAUUACUGGAGUUGCAAUAUCUUCGUCAUGCCGUUCUGAACCUGAAUGAGUCGGUCCUGCUUGAUGUUCGACGUACACUGGUCUUACUUCAGAAACACUUCAACACAUCGUGAGCUUUGUAAUAUAUCGUAUAUAUACAAUAGGUUAGUAUAGUGUAGAACACCUAGAGACUAAGAUUUUCAGAUAUACUAGUUUUAUAUUAAAAGUGAUAACAGAUGAGUAGCAAGAAAAUUAGGGAUAUAAUUAUAGGGAAAACAUGCAGAGCUGUAGAAAGUUAGCCGUUCCGUGUCUCUGAAUCUAAACUUUUUAGAGUGCAUUUUGAUAGAAUCGUUUUUCCCAUAGGCAUAGUCUUUUAGGUGGAUUUCUGAGCUAUUAAAAAGCGUCGCUUUCCAUCGAAAAUAGCCGGACCGGUUAGAGAAUUCUGUUUCUGCAUUAAGAAGAGAUCCAACCCAGAUAUUUUUAUGUGUACAUAAAAGUCUACCCUUAGUCUCAAUCCAAAUAUUUCGUCAAACCUAUAGUUUAAGCAAAAGCAUUUUGUCUUGCAUGCGUGUAACUUUUAAGAAUUUGACCGGUCUGACUGAGUUAUUGGAAAGUCGAAAAGUAACAAUUUAUAAUUGAGAUUUAUAAUUAACAUUUCGUAACUCGUUCUUACACCUAAACACAUAUUUAUUUUACAAAAAGAUAAAAAUAUUCAUUAGAAGAAGGGUAUAUGGUUAUCGGAAUAGUGGUGGAGAAUAAAUUUAUUUGAAUAACAGUUUCUAUAUCACAAUACGUUAAAUGUGUGUAUAACAGCGGUAUACAUUUUCGCCCCAAUCGCGGCUAAUUUGAGAUUGAGAAAGGUGACUAUAAGAGGAAGGUGGGCGGUUGAUUGAGAUCUUAAAUGUUGAUGUCAAGACUAACGCCACUCUACCUUCAGGCAUUAUUUAAAAUAUUAUAUCUAACUAACUA